AUGGGAGCAAAUGCGGAGAGCGAGGCAUAUCUGAAUGAGAUGAGGAACGGGACGGAGGAAGAAUGCAGACUCUCGUCCCUGAUCGUGAUACUCGACUCCAGCGCUGGCUCCACUGCGCGGAUCGAGCAUCGAAUCAAGAUUGCUGAGCAGCUACUCUACACGAUCAAUAAGAAAGAGGCAUACAAGCGUGAAUUUUUAUCUUCCAAAGGAGUGGAAGCAUGCUUGAAUGUGAUCGAAGAUCUUGAUAGCAAGCAACUGGCGCUGUCCUGCGUCAAGAUCCUCAUUUCGCUGCUUGAGUUUGGCUUCGCUCGCCGCUUCAUUCAAAAUAAUGGAACUGGGACGCUCUUUCAACUCGUCGCCCGUUGCCAUUCUGAGGAUAGAGCGAUGCAGAAUCACUCCGAAAUCGUCAAGAACUCGCUAAACUUACUGAUCCUGGCGAAGGCGAAAGACAAAGGAUUCGGGCUGAAAUGCGUAAAUGCUGACGGAAUAACGACGCUUCUGCGUCUCAUUCGUGAGCCGACCAAGGUCCGACCGACUGCGCUCAAUCUUCUGAAGAUCGUUGCAGGAAGUCCUAGUUGCUCGCGCGAGAUCAUCCCGUCUCUUCAGAUGUUAUUUACAUUGUGCCAGGUUAACCAAGGAAAGAAAAACACUGGCCAUGUUCGCAUUAUACUACAGCUUAUUCACAAGGCGAUAAAAGUGCAGAAGAAAAACGUUACGAAGUCCUUGCCAAUGCUGCCAGUCGUCGUUGACCUGGUGGAAUCCUGGCAUAAAUACGAUCACCGCCACGGCGGUCGACUUAUUCAUCUAAGGAAAGGAUUCAUCAUUCUGCUCAAGAGCAUGACCUCAGAGAAAGAGGGCCGUACAAAGCUCUCUGAACCGACGAUAUUAAAGAAGUUGUGCGCCGUCGCAGAGGGCAUGAUGCAGAAAAAUGAGCCGGAACAAGUCGUUCGUCUACUGAUAACAACGAUGCAAAAGGCGAUUCCUUCAAUAUCCCCCGCGAUACGAUCUGCAAAUACCGAUACGCACUUUGAGCAGACGCAGCAAGAUAUAAACGAGAUGCCUACCUCGCAUGUGAUCGAAGAACAAUACAGAACCUUUAGCUAUUUUGAAAGAUACUUUAUCGAAGAAACUCAUUCAAAAUGUAAUGAUGACGAAUGGGAAGAUGAUUAUUCUGGGGAAGCUCUCACGAGACAGGUCGACAUCGUUGGGCUCGACGCUUAUUCCAAAAAGUCAUCUGGAUCUUUACAAGAUUUGACGCAGUCAGCAAGCGAGCUUCUUCCAAGAGACACGCUCAAGGAAUACGCCGAGUCGACAACCUACAAAGAUCUCUGCAACGUAAUCGACCACGGCUGGGAUCAAGAAGCAAGAGCUCACAGUAAUCAAGAAAAAGCUGAAAUAUCUAGAUGCGAAAGAAUCACGAAAAACAUCAAUCGCUUUAGCGAUGGACCAACACUCGAUGAUAUCAACAACGUUCUUCCUAGCUGCGAAUUAUUUGGCCAAGUUCCUCAACCCCCUUCUCCAAUGGUCAGAACGAAAUCGAUGGCAAGACACAACCGCGCUCUCCAGGAAAUAGAAAAAUACGUCCAUCCGGAGCGUUUUGAGCGAAAGCUCGUCUACGCUGCAAGAGAGACCGAACGGAUAGGAGAAAAUACGGAAGGCUUGUUAGCAUUCGAUUCUAAAUUUGAAAGUGGAAACUUGGCCGAAGCGUACUGGACACGUGACGAGCAAUACGAGCUGUGGAUUGAGCCUGACAUGUACCAAGACUCUCACCGACAGUGGUUUUUCUUCAAGAUCGGCAAUAUAGACGCGAAUAAUCGGUAUCAAUUCAGCAUCAUGAACUUUGAAAAGAAGGAAUCGCAAUUUGGCAAAGGAAUGCAGCCUUUAAUGUUUUCAGUAGACGAAGCUCGAGCUGGGAAUCCGCAUUGGCGCAGAAUUGGCUCCAACAUUAUGUACUUCAGCAAUAAUAUAAGAAACAAAGGCAACAAGAACUACUACACAAUGAGCUUUGACGUGACAUUUCCGCGAGAUACGACCCUCGUUUACAUGGCCUACCACUAUCCUUACACGUAUACGCGAUUAAAAGCACAUCUAAACAUGAUCCGGCCGCCUGAAAAUGUGAUCUUCCAAAGGCAAACACUGUGCCAAACGUUGCUCCACAAUAAGAUUGAUCUUGUGACAAUUACAGCAGCUGAAAACUACAGCAAACCUAUAUCAAAUCGAGAAUACGUCGUUAUUUCUGCACGAGUGCAUCCUGGGGAGACGAAUUCAAGUUGGAUAAUGAAGGGCAUCAUGGAUUUCUUGGUCUCAGAUCAUAAAGUAGCCGAGGCAGCGCGAAACGAGUUCGUCUUCAAACUUGUGCCAAUGCUCAAUCCUGACGGAUGCAUCAUUGGAAAUCACAGGACAAAUAUGGCCAAAUUUGAUCUCAAUCGCCAGUGGGAAAUGCCCAAUCCAAACAUGUCUCCUUCGAUCUACUACCUAAAGGGAUUCAUAGCCAGUCUAAAUGCAAAAGGAAAAUCACCCAUGUGCUACAUUGAUCUUCAUGGACACUCGUUAAAGAAAAACGCUUUUAUUUUCGGCUGUGAUGGAACUGGCGAUGUGCUUGCUUUACCAAGAUUACUCAAUCGUCUGCCAAUGUUCUCUCUUAUGAAUUGCCGCUUCCAGCUUACCCGUGAAACAUGUGCUCGUACCGUUGUCUAUCGUCGUCUUGGCAUUCCCCGCUCUUACACUCUAGAAAGUACUUACAAUGGCUGCAAUCAAGGAAAACAUAAUGGUUUGCAAAUUACGGAGAAUGACCUCUGUCAGCUUGGCGUUGGACUCGUGGCUACAAUUAAACUACUCAAAGACUACAUCGCGAUUGGAAAAGGUGCCUUCGGCGGACUGGGUCCUUAUCAAACACUCUCCGAGCAGAAGCAAGAACGAGGUGAUGAUAGUGACAACUCCGUUUCCGAAGAAGAAUCCGAAGCUAGCUUUGAGAUUUGA